ACACGUGGCCGUUGGCUCCGCCUCCGGAAUUGCGUCACAAGGUCAACAGACCCUCAUACAGGCAACACGAGGAAGAUGGCGGCCUCCUUGUGUCACUGUUACCAGCACUAUGCCAGGAGGGGUUUAGUAUUACUCACUACACGCACUUGUGCCACGUAUGAUGCCUUCCGUGUGCACAGGAUAUGUGGGUCUGUCACAAGUGCCUCACAGGUAAGGUAUUUAUCAGCAAACCGAGGAGGGCGCAAAGGCUUCUUAGGUGAAUUUCUGGACAGCUUGAAGCAGGAGCUGAACAAAAACAAAGAGAUGAAGGAGAACAUCAAGAAAUUUCGUGAGGAGGCCAAAAAGCUGGAGGAAUCAGAGGCACUUCAACAAGCUAGGCGGAAAUAUAAAACCAUUGAGUCUGAAACCGUGAGGACUUCAGAGGUGCUGAAGAAGAAGCUGGGGACGCUGUCAGACACGGUCAAAGAGAGUUUAGAAGAGGUCGGUCGCUCAGACAUUGGGAAAAAAAUCAUGGAAGGAAUGGAGGAAGCGGCAAAAACAGCCAAGCAGUCAGCAGAGAGCGUCUCUAAGAGCGGAGAGAAGCUGGGAAAAACUGGAGCCUUCCGAGCAAUCUCACAGGGUAUGGAGAGUGUAAAAAAGGAGAUCGGGGACAUUGGUCAUAGUGGACCUUACAGACCACCUACUCGGUUACGGAAGAGAAGUGACUUCUCAUCUAAAGCAGCAGGGACUGAAGCCAAAGUUUUUGACGCUAAUGAGGAGGCGACAGGUGUCGUGCUUCACAAGGACUCAAAAUGGUAUCAGCAGUGGAAGGACUUCAAGGAAAACAAUGUAGUUUUUAACAGAUUCUUUGAAAUGAAGAUGAAAUACGAUGAGAGUGACAAUGCCUUAAUCAGAGCAUCUCGUGCCGUCACGGAUAAGAUGACAGAUCUUAUCGGUGGCUUGUUCUCCAAGACUGAGAUGUCUGAAGUUCUCACCGAGAUCCUGAAGGUAGAUCCCAACUUUGAUAAAGACUCUUUUCUUCACCAGUGUGAGAAGGACAUCAUUCCCAACAUCCUGGAGGCUAUGGUUCAAGGAGAGCUUGAGGUCCUCAAGGAUUGGUGCUAUGAAGCUACUUACAGCCAGUUGUCCCAUCCAAUCCAGCAAGCUAAAACAAUGGGACUGCAGUUUCACUCGAAGAUCCUUGACAUCGACAAUGUAGAUCUGGCCAUGGGGAAAAUGAUGGAACAAGGCCCUGUCCUCAUCAUCACCUUCCAGGCCCAGCUGGUGAUGCUGAUCCGUAACACCAAGGGUGAAGUGGUGGAGGGGGACCCGGAGAAAGUCCUCAGGAUGAUGUACGUUUGGGCUUUGUGUCGAGACCAGGAAGAGUUCAACCCCUACGCUGCCUGGAGGCUGCUGGACAUCUCCGCCUCGAGCACAGAGCAGAUCCUCUGAAGAGCUUGAGGGGACACGAGCGUGCGCGCGCACACACACACACGGCUCAAGAUGGAAGGAAGUGGCUGUGCUCAUACAACCCACUGAGUGACACUUUUCCCUGAAGCAUGACUGUACUACAUGGGCCGUGUCGUUUUACUGGACCUGAGACUGAUGUCGCACGGUUGGAUGCACGUGUGACUGUCGGCACAUUGUGUUGCAUUUUCGCUACAGAUUUGUGUUCAGUUCCUCCCUAUGCAGUAGGGUGUGUGGUAAAGCAGUGCCAUUCAUAUCAAUCAUUAAAGGGAUCGUUCAGCCGGAUAUGCUAACUCGGCUAUCAGUCAGUGGAAAGGCUCAAAAGCCAAUGUAACUCUAAAGCCCAUCUGUUAUUAGCUACAUUAGCGUUUUUGCCCAGAUUAUGUCUUUAAUGGCUGAGAUUUGUAUAAUCAUUCCCAAAAGUUAAAUACCAAAUAAACUGUAAGAACCAAUUUGAAGUUUUUAAACACAUUUAAAAAUAUGGCAAAUGUUUGCAAGACUAAUCCUUAAGCAAGAAGUUCCACAUCUUUGCAAAUUAAAUUUUUUUUUUUUUAAGAUGCAGUGUGUCAUACAGUUUUAAAGUGAAGUCAACAGUGUAAUAAACAUCAGGAAAGAAAUCCUGCUUUCACUGAGGAUUAAACUGACACAUUACACAUUGAAAUUUUUUAAAUAAAUCAGAAAAAAACAUGUUGAAA